CUUAGAAAAAUUAUUAUAAAAAUUCGUUCUUCUUCUCAACAACAUGAAAAAUUAAGUAAUACAUGUAAAAAUAAUCAAAUUAAUGAUUUAAAACCAAUUUUAGAUGUAUCUACUAGAUGGAAAUUAACAUACAAUAUGAUUCAAAGAGCUUUAAUUUUAAGAAAUGCUUUAGAACCAAUUAUAUUAUCUGAUUGUGAACUUAAAAAAGAUAUACUUACAGAUGAAGAUUGGAAUAAUUUAAAAUAA